AUGACGGCGGCGAGAAUCAGGUUCAGACGAAAAUCUACGAAUGCGGCUGUCAUCAUCUGCAAUUCGGACAACGCGCGCGGCUGCAAUGCUGGUGGACGCAGUGGACAACCACGACAGGACUACACUCGAAAUGGGACAGCGAACAAGGGACCUAGCGUGUGCUUAGCCACCGUCACACUCCACCACCGCGACCACUGCCACCUCGCCAAGCACGCGGCCGCCAUCGUCGUCGCCGAUUGUCCGUCGCAGCUGCCGCGACAACUCACAGCCGCCGCCGCCGCCAGGAGCGAGAGAGCUCACAACGGCGCGCACUCUUCUAGUCGCAGUUUUACUAGCUUGGAGCGUUACCAAAGGCUCUUUAAUAAGAGCCCCCGUCCCCCGUUCAACCAGGCAAUGAAUCCAGGCAAGAGCAGCAGAGGGAGAGAGGCGCAGCUAUACAAGGCAAAAGCGGAAACCAAUUGA